AUGCAACUCAGAAAGAAGAGAGGGGUAUUUUGGCUCCCAGUGAACGUGGUGAAAGAAAGUGAAAGGGUUGAAGACCCAGACGUGUUAGCAGCUACGAGGGCUGCUAAGAAGACGGUGCCAGCAAAGGCGCUGGCAGGUGAAGGCGAGGAGCCUGGUGAAGCGGGUGACUCCGCUCAGCCGGGCCAAAGCUCAAGUGCGGGCGGCCCCGCCGAUGCGGGGAGUUCCGCUGCGAACCCUGGUGCGGGUAACUCCGCCGGUGCAGGGAGUUCUACUGACGGCCCUGGCGCGGGUGGCCCCGCCCAGAGGCUUCCGGAGAUUGGCGACGUGCCAAUGGAAGUGUCUGAGGCCACGCGGCGGCCGAAGACAAAGAAGAUCCCGGACACGGUUAGCAAAGCCGAGUUUGACGAGCAUAUGCUUACGCAUCUGCCCAUGCGAAGCUGGUGCGAUCACUGCAUGCACGGCAAGGUGCGUGAGGAUGCGCACUCAGCUCGGGAGCCCAGCGGUCGCGCGUCGGAGGUGGCGCGCAUCUCCCUGGACUACUGUUUUCUGGGACGGGCCUUGAAGGGCCCAGUGAACUCCGUGGAGGAGGUCAAGGUGCCUCAGGAUGAGAAGGAUGGUCUCCUUCCCAUUCUGGUGAUCGUGGACGAAAAGUCCGGUUGUGUUUUCUCUGGUGUGGUGGCUAAGGGCGUUAACCCGUAUGCCACUGGAUUGGUGACUGAAGCGCUCAAGUUCUGCGGGCGCCAAAAGGUCAUCAUGAUGAGCGAUGCUGAGCAUAGCAUCCGGGCACUUGCUGAAAGUGCCGCCAAGUCCUGGACUGGCAGCGUGCAGCACCAGACUGCACCGAAAGGUUCUCACGCAUCUAACGGCGCGGCCGAGCGAGCCAUUUUGGAGCUGGCGCGUCAGGUGCGAACUCUUGCGAGCGCGCUGGAGAAUCGCUACAAGAAGCCCCUGGAGACUGAGGGGGUUGUCUUUCCGUGGUUGGUGCGGCACGCAGGGUGGCUCAUCUCCCGUUUCUUGGUGAAGCAGGACGGGAGAACACCUUACGAAAGGCUUCGAGGCCGGGACUUCCGCGGUGAAGUUGCUGAGUGCUGCGAGGUCGUGCACUACAAGCUUGACAAAGAGAAGACUGGCAAGCUGGACAAGCAAACGUCAGUUGGAGUUUGGCUAGGCAAGUCUCUUGCCUCCGACGAGCACUUCCUGGGCACUGCUCAGGGGAUCCGUCGGUGCAGAAGCAUCUGGCGAAGGCCAGAAGAGAAGAGGUGGGAGCUGAAACACCUCGAGGGGAUGGUUGGGCUUCCCUGGCAACCGCGCGGAGAGCCAACCACCGUGCCUUCAGACAACAAGGCCCCAGCGACUCCAGGUCGCAGGCAGCCCUCGGUGUAUAUCACCUUGGAGCGUCAGAUCAAGCACGGCAAGACACCUGGAUGUCCUGGCUGUGAGUGUGAUGACGACAACCCAAAGCGGCACAACGACGAGUGCCGUAAGAGGUUCGAGAAGUUGUACCCGAGGCAACCGGUGCCAGGAACGCCUGGUACACCAGUCCCUGGGACGCCUGCGGGACCCAUGGAGACUGAAGGAGGUCAGGCCGAGAUGCCCCAGGGCACCGGCCAAGACUUGGAGUCGGGAAGCACCGAGCCGAGUCAGCCUUCAAGGCCAAGGGCCAUGGAGGGGACCUCUGAGGCUAAGUCAGGCCAGAAGCGAGAGGUUGAGGAUGCGGGUGUCCCCGCUCCUUCAAGUGACAGCGGGCAGCGCCGCGUUACUGGAAAGAGCUCACAAGGAGCGAAGAAGCAGAAGACGCCAGAAGCAAGAGGUGAAAAGCGUCCUCUUGAGGACCAGGAGUUGAUGGGGGGACUGCCCACGCUCCACGAGAAAGGCGAGUGGGAGCCUUUGUUUGCUUACCCUCUGGACGGCAGAGUGGAGGAGCUUGGUGCCUACGACGAGCGAACAGGCCAGCCCCUUCCCGUUGACAAGGUCAAGACUGCAAGAGGGCGCGAGCUGGACAAGAUGGAGGAACACUCUGUCAAGAAGGACAUCUCUUGGGAGGAGGCGCGACGGCAGGGGCUAAAGAUAGUCCGAAGCCGGUGGGUGGAUGGUUGGAAACCAUUGCCCAAUGAUCCAAAUGGGGUGCGCAGCCGCUGCGUAGCCCAAGAGAUCAACGACCACGAGCGCGACGACGUUUUCAGUGGAACACCGCCGUUGCGGACGCACCGCAUGGUACUUUCAGCUGCAGCCACUGCAAAGGCUGGCAGGACCAACCGGCGCAAGCUUAUUGCCCGGUAUGAUGUUUCUGUUGCCUUCUUUCAUGCGGUGGCCACGGGCAAAAUUGCGGUCGUCCCUCCGAAAGAUCUCGAUCAAUCGAAGCUCUGGUACUUGCUCAAAGCCAUGAAUGGCACACGUGAGGCUUCGCGACAGUGGUCAAAGCGCGUGUGUGAGGUCAUGACGGAGGCAGGUUUCUGGGAGGUUCCAGGAAUCCCUGGCCUCUUCUACCACGACGAGUGGUGCGUGACCUUGAGCUGCCACGGCGACGACUUUAUCGCUGAGGGCGAAAGCGAUGAUCUGGAUCGACUGGAUGCGCUGAUGAUGCAAUCCUUUGAGAGCAAGAUAUUGCCACGGAUUGGCCCUGAGGAGUUCGGAGGCCAGACCACGCAUGGCGAUCAUCUGCACCGCAUCAUUCGAUGGAGCGAGCGCGGGUUCACUUGGGAAGCUGAUCCUAAGUACUCGCGGCAGAUCGUUGAGGAGCUCGGGCUUACGGACGCUAAGAGCGCAGACGCCCCAUGUUCUACGGAAUGUGGGAAAGGCCGCAGGGAUCUCGAAAAUCCUUUGGACGCUGAGGCUGCAGCGAAGUUCCGGACACUCGCUGGUACUGCGCUUUACCUGUCCCAGGAUCGCCCGACGAUCCAGUAUGCCUUGUCGGAGAUCACCUCUGGCAUGGCAAAGCCUACGGUUGAACACGAGCUCAAGCUCAAGCACCUAGGCCGUUACCUUCUGAAGUACCCGAAGGAAGUUUGGCACUACGAGUACCAGGAGCAGCCUGAGGAAGCUGUGGUGCUUACGGACUCGGACUGGGGAGCGUGCAAGCGCACGCGCAAGUCUAUGUCCAGCUACGCUGAGAGAUUUGGGAAGCAUCUCAUCGAUGCUUCGUGUGCCAAGCAAUCGGUGAUAGCGCUCAGCUCUGGAGAGGCUGAGUUUUACGCGUUGGUGCGAGGAGCUGCCGCCGGACUGCUGACAGCGCAGAUCUGGGAACGGAUUGGGUUUAAGGGUUUGAAGCUUACCCUGAGAACCGAUUCGAGCGCAGCGAAAGGAAUCGCGACACGCAAGGGCUCGGGCAAGGUGAAGCACUUGUCCAUGAAGGAGCUUUGGAUACAGGACUGUGUUCAGAGAAAGCAGCUUACGGUGCAGAAGGAACCUACGAAGAGUAACUGGGCCGACUUGGGCACGAAAGCUCUUUCAGGCUCAAGAGUGACAGAGCUAGUCAAGGGCAUGCCUCUCACAAGGGGCUUGGUCAUGGCGUGCCUGUUCGCGUCCUUUGGCGUGGCUACGGGGCAGCCGAAGGAGCGCCAGCUCGAGACUGAAGACGUUUCCUUCUUCAUCUACAUGCUGAUCAUCCAUAUCUUGGCGAUCCAGACCAUUUGGCGAUGGAUCAAGCUUGCGUUUGUGUGGUGGAACACGCCACGUGUUUCAACGAAGCCGGCCCCUACAGCUGGAGGCCGCGUGGACCGACGAGGUCUAGAGGCGAAUGCGGGUAGCUAUGGCCCUGCCAGGAAGCCUCUUCCGUCCAAGGCGCCGGAAUCGGUGCCCGCAUCGGCCUUCGACACCCCACUCUUCGCCGCCACUCAGGAGCCCGAGCCUCUUCCGCAAGGCGACGAAGGCUUCGAUGUCGUGGACGAAGUCCCGGAGCUUCCAGAGGCGGCAGCCACGACGAGGCCCAGAUACCUCGGGCAGUACUUCGGCAACUGCGUGGCAAGGCUCGAUAGCUCCAGCGAGAGGGCGAGCUUAGCUCCGCCCCUGCCUUCGGGCGAGCCGAAGGCGAAGGCAUACACGCCAGCGAAAACGCUGGGACAGGGCGUGGCCCCAUCUUACCACCAUCCUCCGAAGUGGUCCUUCGGGGGCGGUAAGUCGCGCUGCGACUCUCCAGAGCCCAUCCCACGGAGUCAGUCCACGGGAAGCUUGGCCUCCCUGCGCAACCGACGCUCGAAGCGGAGAACUCUGAACCGGGGCUUCGGCGGCGCCUCGCGAGGGGACAUCGUUGGGAGGGGCACAGCGACACCUGGACCGGCUGCCUACAACCUCCAUCGUGUUUGCGACAAGGAACCUUCCUGGUCGAGCUCGGCACGAGUCCCCUGGGGCAACCGCACAGGAGGUCGCUCUGAGAACACGCUGCAAGUGUCGGAGGUAGGCCCCGGGGAGUUCACGGCACAUCAUGGCAUCCCCUUCGGCCCCACUGCGAAGAUUGGCCAGCGCUUGAAAGAGAUGCCGGACUCUCGUAUCGACUACCCAGCUGCGGGCCACUACAAGCUGAAACCCACCGUAGGGCGGCGCUUUAGUGGAGGUGAGUGUGGUCAAGGCUCCGGCGCCGCCUGGUCCAUGGGCGCCGGCUCGCGCUCCAACCUGACGCAGGAGAGCUGCGGCCCCGGGUUCCUCUAUCAUCCGAAAGUGGAGCCAACGAGCCACGGCGCGACAUGGAGUCAAGGGGAACGGAGGAGCAUGUUCGGCAACGUCGACCCGGACGAUCCGCCAGGGCCAGGUGCAUACAACUUGCGAAGGGAGUAUCAUCCCGAAGACACGCCGAGCACAGGCUGGCCAAAGGAAGAGGGCCGCAAGCUUGCUGGCAUGCUCCCGGACUAUGUGCCAGCGCCGAACGAGUACCGGGUGCCGUCGGAGCGGCUGGGCAAAGAUAUCCAACUCCAUGGGCGCAUAGCGCCGCUGAAGCAGGACGUGAAGCCCGCGCCGACGGAUUAUCGGCCCAAGACCGACCUGGUGAAGCACUCAGGGGGCAAUCCGAGGCCUCUGCAUCGCACGGACCCGCGCAAGAGUCCCUUCGACAUUUCUGUGGCUGGUCUGGACGGCGAGGCCAUCUUGAAGCGAGCGCUGAAGAGCCUGGACGAUCGUCCGAAGGACGACUUGGCGGAGAAGUACGACCGCACAACUCCCAGCUGGACGCUGCAGCCACGGAACGAUGCAAAGAUGCGCGAAGCUUACUGCGACAACCUCUACGGCCCGUGGUCAUCUUUCGGCUAG